CAGACCAAAGUUUCACCAAUAAAAUAAAAAAAAAAAAGUCCUAAAAAAUUGCAGAGCAAACUUUUGCCUGGGAUGCUUCGCUCAACAACAAAGACACAGAAGGGAAUACCUACCGGAGCAGACAACCCACGCCAUCGAUUCAUAUCUUGGAAAAACUUUCCCGCUAAAAAAACCGAUCUAACUUCUGUGAGUCUGAAAUCGUUACAGCUCCAAUAAACACAUCAAAAUUUAUCUUCUUUAAUGUCCAAUUUUUCACUUCACAGUUGUUGAUAAUCGCUGUACAGGAGAGAUUUUUGUGUUGUUCAGUAGUUUAUUUUUGGAAAGUUUGUUUAAGUCAAUGCCAGUGCGCAAGUCAAUGCCAAAGAUGGGAUAGGCUACUCUCAAAGCGCUCAGACCUCGUCAAAGGUCAAAUUCCCAAUUUUGGAUCAUAUCUGUGAUUUUCAUGACCUGGGUCUAGCUGAAUCAGAGGUUUUUUUUUUCUUUUUUUCUUUUUUUUUUUUGCGUAUUUUUGUUUUCUGACUAAGAUUGUACUUUUUUGUGUGUGCUGAGAUUCAUAAAUCUCUCUGCCCCUUCACUGGGAAAUUGUCAUUUGUUCAUCUCUCUCUCUCUCUCUCUCUCUUGUUGGUGUCCCUUCAACUUCAAGCUUUUAUUUGGUAAAGUUUAUCUUCCACCUCUUUUCUUUUUUAAUUAUUUUUUCUGGGUUUUGGUUUUGUAUUAUUUAAAUUUAGUGGGUCUCUGGGGUUGAGUUCUUUAAAAUUAUAUUUUUGGGUGGGUGUUAAAAGUUUAUUUUAUUUUUCAUUUGGUGGGGGGUGGGGGGAGGUUUUGGUUCUGGGUUUUAAUAUUAAAAAUUUGCAAUUGGAAUUUGUUCUUGUAAUUGGGGUUGUUUGGAUUUCUGGGAUUGGAAUUGGGAUUAGUUUGAGUAAUUAAUGGUUGAAACGAGAGAGAUGAAAGCUGGCAAAAGAAAGAAGCUGCGUUUUAGCAAGAUCUAUUCAUUCGCAUGUGGGAGAGCAUCAUUUGAGGAAGAUCAUUCGCGGAUUGGGGGACCGGGAUUUUCAAGAGUGGUUUAUUGCAACGAACCAUUUGAGAAUGCAAUUCGUAGAUAUGCCGGCAACCAUGUGAGGAGUACAAAAUAUACAGUACUAAGUUUCUUGCCUAAGGCUUUGUUUGAGCAGUUCAGAAGGGUGGCCAAUUUUUACUUCCUUGUCAUUGGCACAUUGGCCUUCACACCGCUUGCUCCUUAUACUGCUGUUAGUGCUAUUAUCCCUCUAAUUGUUGUGAUCGGAGCGACUAUGGUGAAGGAAGGCGUUGAGGAUUGGCGACGGAAACAGCAGGAUAUUGAGGUAAACAAUAGAAAGGUUAAAGUACAUCGAUCUGAUGGAGUUUUUGAGCACAUUGAAUGGAAGAAUCUGAGAGUAGGGGAUAUAGUGAAAGUGGAGAAGAAUGAGUUCUUUCCAGCAGAUCUUCUCUUGCUUUCAUCCAGUUAUGAGGAUGCAAUCUGUUAUGUUGAAACCAUGAACCUUGAUGGAGAGACAAAUUUGAAACUAAAACAAGCAUUAGAGGUAACUUCAUUUUUACAUGACUCUGAUUUUAGGGAUUUUAAGGCCCUUGUUAAAUGUGAAGACCCAAAUGCAAAUUUGUACUCUUUUGUCGGAAGUAUGGAAUUUGAAGAGCAACGACAUCCCCUUACUCCUAAGCAACUUCUCCUUAGAGAUUCAAAACUCCGCAACACUGACUACAUAUAUGGGGCUGUUAUCUUCACCGGUCCCGAUACAAAGGUUAUUCAGAACUCUACUGACCCUCCUUCCAAGAGAAGCAAAAUUGAGAGGAAAAUGGAUAAAAUUAUCUACUUUUUAUUUGGUGUCUUAUUUACGAUAGCUUUUAUUGGAUCGAUUUACUUUGGAAUUACUACUAAAGAUGAUCUUUCAAAUGGCACUAUGAAAAGAUGGUAUCUAAGACCAGACGAUUCUACUAUUUUCUUUGAUCCCAAACGAGCCACAGCUGCUUCAAUUUUUCACUUUUUGACGGCCGUGAUGUUAUAUGGCUACUUAAUCCCAAUCUCCUUGUACGUGUCGGUAGAAAUUGUCAAAGUUGCUCAGAGCAUCUUUAUCAAUCAAGAUGUUGAUAUGUAUUACGAAGAAGCUGACAAACCAGCGCAUGCCCGCACGUCAAAUUUAAAUGAGGAACUUGGCCAAGUCGACACAAUACUUUCUGAUAAGACAGGAACAUUAACUUGCAAUUUGAUGGAGUUCAUUAAGUGCUCUGUGGCUGGGACAGCUUAUGGCCUCAGUGUUACGGAAGUUGAGAAGGAUAUGGCCAGAAGAAGAGGAUCGCCGUUGACUAAUGAAAUGGACUAUGCUAAGGAUGCUUCUGCUACAAAAUCAAAGAUUAAAGGCUUCAAUUUUGAGGACAAAAGGAUCAUGAAUGGGAAUUGGGUAAAGGAACCCCAUUCAAAUGUCAUACAGAAAUUUUUUCGCUUACUGGCAAUUUGUCAUACAGCCGUACCUGAGGUGGAUGAUCAAGGGAAGGUCUCAUAUGAAGCUGAGUCACCAGAUGAAGCAGCAUUUGUGAUUGCAGCAAGAGAGCUUGGCUUUGAAUUCUAUGAAAGAAGGCAAACAAGUGUCUCGUUACAUGAGUUGGAUCCUGUGUCUGGCAAAAAAGUUGAAAGGUCGUAUAAACUUUUAAAUGUUUUAGAAUUUAAUAGCUCAAGAAAGCGGAUGUCUGUAAUAGUAAGAGAUGAGGAGGGAAAGCUAUUAUUACUCUGUAAAGGUGCUGACAGUGUCAUGUUUGAAAGGCUUGCUGAAAAUGGAAGAGAGUUUGAAGAGGAAACCAGGGAACAUGUGAAUGAGUAUGCCGAUAUAGGUUUGAGGAUUUUGGUACUUGCUUAUCGGGAACUUGAUGAGAAAGAGUACAAAGAGUUCAAUGACAAAUUCGAAGAUGCCAAGAAUUCAGUCAGUGCAGAUCGGGAGGAAUUGAUUGAUGAAGUGGCAGAGACGAUUGAGAAGGAUUUGAUUCUUCUUGGUGCAACAGCGGUUGAGGACAAACUCCAAAAUGGGGUUCCUGAGUGUAUUGACAAGCUUGCCCAAGCAGGAAUAAAAAUAUGGGUAUUGACUGGGGAUAAGAUGGAGACUGCCAUCAAUAUUGGUUUCUCUUGUAGUUUGCUUCGGCAAGGGAUGAAACAGAUAAUAAUAAAAUUGGAGACACCAGAAAUCAAAACACUAGAGAAAAGGGGAGACAGGGAUGUUGUUGCCAAGGCUUCGAAGAGGAGUGUUCUCGACCAGAUACGUGGAGGGCAGGCUCAGCUUACUCCAUCAAGUGGAAACUCCGAAGCCUUUGCUUUGAUUAUUGAUGGGAAAUCACUUGCAUAUGCUCUAGAGAAUGACGUGAAGAAUUCUUUUUUAGACCUUGCAGUUCGGUGCGUAUCUGUUAUUUGCUGCCGUUCUUCACCGAAACAGAAGGCACUGGUCACUAGACUUGUUAAAUCUGGAACUGGGAAGAUAACAUUAGCAAUUGGUGAUGGGGCCAAUGAUGUGGGAAUGCUUCAAGAAGCUGAUAUUGGGGUUGGAAUCAGUGGCGUUGAAGGAAUGCAGGCAGUCAUGGCAUGUGAUAUUUCAAUUGCUCAGUUCAGAUUUUUGGAGCGCUUGCUACUGGUGCACGGACAUUGGUGUUACAGAAGGAUAUCGUCAAUGAUAUGCUAUUUCUUCUAUAAAAAUGUCACAUUUGGUACAACCGUCUUCCUAUAUGAAGCUCAUGCAUCUUUCUCUGGGAAACCUGUAUACAAUGAUUGGCUUUUGUCUCUGUACAAUGUCUUAUUCACAUCACUUCCUGUGAUUGCGUUGGGGAUUUUCGACCAGGACGUAUCUGCACAAUUUUGUCUCAAGUUUCCAUUAUUGUACCAAGAAGGCAUACAUAACGUCCUCUUCAGUUGGCGGCGUAUUCUAGGCUGGAUGUUCAAUGGGUGUUGCAGUGCAAUCAUCAUCUUCUUCUUUUGCACAAACUCAUUAGAUCCUCAAGCCUUCAACAGUAACGGAAAAGUUGCCGGGUUGGAAAUCGUCGGGACAACAAUGUACUCUUGUGUUGUCUGGGUUGUGAAUUGCCAGAUGGCACUAGCGAUUAGUUACUUCACGGUGUUCCAACAUAUCGUCAUCUGGGGUGGAAUUAUUUUCUGGUAUAUUUUUCUCUGCAUAUAUGGAGCCUUGCCUCCCAAAAUCUCCACCACGGCUUACAAAACCUUCGUUGAGUGCCUUGCCUUGGCUCCCUCUUUCUGGUUGGUCACAUUCUUUACGGUUACCUCGGCUUUGAUUCCGUACUUUUCGUACUCAGCGAUUCAGAUGAAGUUUUUUCCAAUGUACCAUGGAAUGUUGCAGUGGGUAAGGCUUGAUGGUCAAUCGGAUGACCCUGAAUACUCUGAAAUGGUACGGCUGGGAUCACUGAGGCCCACAACUGUCAGAAAUCGUCAACGUGAAAGAUAGGUUUCAUAAUCAUAGAUAAUAUUUAUCUGCCGUUCACUCUCCAAUGGUCAGUAUCGAAGGUGGUUCAAUGCGACCGGAAAGGAGGCCUGGCACAUCCAGUUAUAAAAGAAGCAUAUACUUUCAGCUGUACUAUUUGGGUAGGAAGAAAACAUCCCUUGAGAGUUUUGUAAAUUUUGAUUUCUGCCCUUACGUGGUGACGAUCUAAUAUUCUUUCUUCAGUUUCUUGUACAAUUACUGGAUUUUAUCUUGAAGAAUGUGGGAAAUUCAUUGUAAUUAUAGACCAACAGUAAUAUUGUAAUAGUAAAGAGAAAAGAAUCCCUUGUUAAAUCCUA